AUGAAGAGGAAGAUGUCCCAGGACAGCCAGACAAACAAAGAGCUGAGGAUGGAGACCAGGGAGGACAAAUCCCUGCAGCAGAACAUCGUGGAAGAGGCCUUUUUGAGUGGAUCCACAGCACAGGAAUCCAAUGGGGAGGAAAAGACCCGGAGAUCCCGCAGGAGCAGGGGCUGCAGACUCAUCCCAGGGUCCUCUGAGGAGGAAAGACCCACCCUGUGCCAGGAAGGAGGACAGAGCUUCAGCCAGAGGUCAGACCUGGUGGUCCAUAAGGAGCUUAAUGAUGGGGAGAAGCCAUACAAAUGUUUGGAAUGUGGGAAGAGCUUCAGCUGGCGCUACCACUUGAUCCACCACCAAAGGACUCACACUGGGGAGAGGCCCUACGAGUGUCCCCAGUGUGGGAAGAGGUUUUGGACCAGCUCAGAUCUCCGUGUGCACCAGCGCAUCCACACUGGGGAGAGGCCCUACCAAUGUGGGGAAUGUGGGAAGAGCUUCAGCCGACGCUGCAACUUCAUCCGCCACCAGAAUAUCCACGCUGAGAAAAGGCCAUACAAGUGUGGGGAAUGUGGGAAGAGCUUCACCCGACGCAACCACUUGAACUGGCACCAGAAUAUCCAUGCUAAGGAAAGGCCAUACAAGUGUGGGGAAUGUGGGAAGGGCUUCAUCCAGAGGUCCAACCUGAUCAUCCACCAAAGGACUCACACUGGGGAGAGGCCAUACGAGUGUCCCCAGUGUGGGAAGAGGUUUUGGACCAGCUCAGAUCUCCGCGUGCACCAGCGCAUCCACACUGGGGAGAGGCCCUACCAGUGUGGGGAAUGUGGAAUGAGCUUCAGCAGGAGCUCCAACCUGAUCUGCCACCAGAGGACCCACACUGGGGAGAGGCCCUACAAGUGUGGGGAAUGUGGGAAGGGCUUCAACCAGAGGUCCCAACUGAUCACCCACCAGCGCAUCCACACCAGGGAUGGGCUCUGUGAGUGUCCCGAGUGUGGGAAAAGGUUUCAGACCAACUCAGAUCUCCUUGAACACCAGCGGAUUCACACAGAGGAGAGCCCCUUCCCACUGCCCCAACUGCAGGAAGGGCUUCAAGCACAACUCCCACCUCAUCACCCACCAGUGCAUGAACAAUGGGGAGAGGCCCUACCAGUGUGGGGAAUGUGGGAUGGGCUUCAGCAGGAGCUCCCACCUGAUCUGCCACCAGAGGAUCCACACCAAGGAACAGCCCAACCAAGGAUCCACACCAAGGAAAAGCCCAACGAGAGUCCCAUUGGUGGGAUGAUCUUCUGGAGGAGCUCCCACCUGAUCUGCCACCAGAGGAUCUACAACAAGGAACAGCCCAACCAGCGUCCCAGUUGUGGGAUGAGCUUCCGCAAGAGCUCCCACCUGAUCUGCCACCAGAGGAUCCACACCAAGGAACAGCCCAACCAGCGUCCCAAUUCUGGGAUGAGCUUCUUCAGGAGCUCCCACCUGAUCUGCCACUAG